AUGGAGGCUACAAACUUUACUCACUUGCUCUUUAAAUAUCUCUUGUCCAUGAUCAUUCAAAGCCAAAUUCAAUGUAUAUAUAAUUGUGCAAGACCUAUUGUAUCAACAAGAAUUGUCUGCAGUCUCAGUACAGAGUUAUCAACUAGCAGCUACAUCAACUUGAUGUGCAAGCAACAGAAUUACAAAGAAGCACUUGAUGCAUUCAAUUUCCAUCUAAAGAAGUCGAGUAUCCAGCUAGAACCAAACACCUAUGUGAAUCUAAUCUUGGCCUGCACCAACUCUAGAUCUCUAAAUUAUGUCAAGAAAAUCCAUGAUCACAUUUCAAAAUCCAAGUGUAAGCCAGACCUUGUUCUCCAAAAUCAUAUUCUUAAUAUGUAUGGAAAAUGUGGUUCUUUGAAGGAUGCUAGAAAAGUUUUUGAUGCAAUGAAGCUGCGAAAUGUGGUCUCGUGGACUAUAAUGAUCUCUGGAUACAUGCAGAAUGGCCAAGAGAAUAAUGCCAUCAUCAUGUAUAUUCAAAUGCUACGAUCAGGUUAUUUUCCAGACCAGUUAACAUUUGGCAGCAUUAUUAAGGCUUGCUGCAUCGUGGGGGAUAUACACUUAGGCAGACAACUGCAUGGCCAUGUCAUUAAAUCAGGGUAUGAUCAUCACUUAAUUGCACAAAACGCUCUUAUCUCAAUGUAUACAAAGCUUGGACAAAUUGCUCAUGCCUCAGGUGUUUUUGCAAUGAUUCCCACAAAGGAUUUAAUUUCCUGGGCUUCCAUGAUUACAGGGUUUACUCAACUUGGUAAUGAGAUAGAAGCUUUAUAUCUUUUCAGAGAUAUGCUCAGGCAAGGUGUUUAUGAACCAAAUGAAUUUAUAUUUGGCAGUGUAUUCAGUGCAUGCAGAAGUCUUCUAGAACCAGAAUUUGGAAGGCAAAUUCAUGGUGUGUGCGCCAAAUUUGGUUUAGGGAGGAACAAUUUUGCUGGGUGCUCCCUCUGUGACAUGUAUGCAAAAUUUGGAUUCUUAUCUUCGGCAAAAAAGGCAUUUAAUCAAAUUGAAAGCCCGGAUUUAGUGUCAUGGAAUGCAAUUAUUGCAGCAUUUUCUGAUAGUGGUGAUGCUAAUGAAGUCGUAUCAUUUUUCUACCAGAUGAUGCAUGUAGGAUUGAUGCCAGAUGACAUUACUUUUCUCUCCUUACUCAGUGCUUGUGGGAGCUCUAUGACGCUUAACCAAGGCAUGCAAAUGCAUUCUUAUAUUAUGAAAAUAGGUUUAGAUAAGGAAACAACUGUAUGCAACUCCUUGCUGACAAUGUACACUAAAUGUUCAAAUCUACAUGAUGCAUUCAGUGUUUUCAAAGAUUUGAGUAAAAAAGCCAAUUUAGUUUCUUGGAAUGCAAUUCUAUCAGCAUGCUUGCAGCACAAACAUGCCGGAGAGGCUUUUAGAUUAUUUAAACUAAUGUUUUUUUCUAAAAAUAAGCCCGACAAUAUUACUAUUACUACCAUAUUAGGAACUUGUGCUGAAUUGGCUUCACUUGAAGUUGGGAAUCAAGUCCAUUGCUUCAGUGUUAAAAGUGGGCUAGUAGUUGAUGUUUUUGUCAGCAAUAGAUUGAUUGACAUGUAUGCAAAGUGUGGGUCACUUAAACAAGCUCGAGAUGUUUUUGAUUCAACCCAGAACCCAGAUAUUGUCUCAUGGAGUAGUUUAAUUGUUAGCUAUGCUCAGUUUGGACUUGGACACGAGGCUCUAAAUCUCUUCAGAAUGAUGAGAAAUCUUGAUGUCCAGCCUAAUGAGGUCACAUAUCUAGGGGUUCUCAGUGCAUGCAGUCACAUUGGAUUGGUGGAGGAAGGUUGGCACCUGUAUAAAACCAUGGAAGUGGAACUAGGUAUUGCACCAACAAGAGAGCAUGUUUCUUGCAUGGUUGAUUUGCUUGCUCGUGCUGGAUGCUUGUAUGAAGCAGAGAAUUUUAUCAAGAAAAUGGAAUUGGACCCUGACAUUACUACAUGGAAAACUCUACUUGCUUCUUGUAAAACUCAUGGUAAUGUUGACAUUGCAGAGAGGGCUGCAGAAAAUAUACUAAAACUUGAUCCUUGCAAUUCUGCUGCUCUAGUUCUACUUUCUAAUAUACAUGCUUCUGCUGGCAAUUGGAAAGAAGUUGCCAGACUACGAAAUUUGAUGAAAGAAAUGGGUGUACAGAAGGUUCCUGGUCAAAGUUGGAUAGAAGUUAAGGAUCAGAUCCACGUGUUCUUUUCAGAAGAUAGUUCUCAUUCACAGAGGGUCGAAAUCUACACAAUGCUUGAAGAUGUAUGGUUGCAGAUGCUCGAUCAUGGUUAUGAUCCUUGUCAGAGGUUAGGCAUUAGCAUUUAG